AUGGACAAUUGCAAGCCGGUUGUCACUCCAAUCGACACUAAGUCGAAACUUAGUGCUCAUGAUGGUGAGCCAAUGAAGGAUCCAUCUCUUUACAGGAGCCUUGCAGGUGCUUUACAGUACCUUACUUUUACCAGACCUGAUAUUGCUUAUGCUGUCCAGCAGAUUUGUCUGUUUAUGCAUGCUCCCAGGGAACCUCAUUUUAACGCUCUUAAGCGUAUUAUCAGAUAUAUUAAAGGCACUUAUGAUCAUGGCCUACAUUUAUAUCGUUCUGCACCUACGAGACUUAUUUCAUACACAGAUGCCGAUUGGGCAGGCUGCCUGGACACUCGACGAUCCACUUCAGGGUAUUGUGUUUAUUUAUGUGAUAAUCCGGUCUCUUGGUCCGCAAAACGACAAGCUACAUUGUCCAAAUCAAGUGCCGAAGCAGAAUAUAGAGGUGUCGCUAAUGUUGUUUCUAAAUUAUGUUGA